UGCUACAGCUUCUCCGCUCGUCUGAAUGCAUUCUCAUGUAAGACACGAGCACUGAAUUGUUUGCGGUGCCUUAAUUUCUUUGUAUAUUCUUGCAUAUGAAAGACAGUUUUGGUUUCUAGAAUUUACAGAACGACGAAGGAUCAGAAGUGCCAUAAUGUCAUCACUCAGUAUCCUCGCCUCAUUGCCAGAAGAUCAUUUCGAGUGUGCGAUCUGUUUGAAUGUCUUCAGCGACCCAGUCACCACACCAUGUGGUCACAACUUCUGUAAGACCUGCCUGAGCGAGCACUGGGACAACAGCGAGCUAUGCCACUGUCCAACUUGUAAUAAAAGAUUCUACGUGAGGCCUGAGAUCUCCACAAACUCAGUCAUUGAGGAGAUUUCAACCCAAAUAAAGAAGAGAAAAGUGGACACACUUGAAAGCAUUCAUGCACCGUGGCAAGUUAAGUGUGAUGUGUGCACAGAAUUUAAGUUCAACGCCCAGAAGUCAUGCCUGGUGUGUCUGACGUCCUACUGCGAUGCUCACCUGGAGCCUCACCAGAGGGUUCCCUCCCUGAUGAGACACAAGCUGAUCGACCCGGUGCAGAACCUGGAGGAGAGAAUGUGUGAGAAACAUGAGAGGAUCCUGGAGCUUUUCUGCCGAGGUGAGCAGGUGUGCAUCUGUCUGCUGUGCAGCGAGACGGACCACAAAGACCACGAGACAGUGCCUGUGGAAGAAGAAGGGGCUCAGCAGAAAGAAAAUAUUGAGUCCAAAAAAGAAAAGAUCAAAAUGAUGAUUGAGGACAGAAUGGAAAAGAUUCAGGAAUUUACACAUGCCUCCCAAAUGAGCAGAGAGAAAGUUCAGGAAGAGAUGAAUGGCAGUGAUACGCUCUUCAAUACGCUGAUGAGCCAAGUACAAGCGAUGCAAACUAAGCUGAAAUCAAACAUAGAGGAAAAGCUCAGAAAAUCACAGGAGAAAGACGAAGCAAUGAUUCAAAAGCUGCACGACGAAAUCUCAGAGCUGCAGAGAAAGCACUCAGAGCUGGAGGAGCUUUCACAAAACGACGACCCCUUUCAACUUCUGCAGACUCUGCAGGCCCUGAGCGCCAUAACAGACACCAAGGACUGGUCAAAGAUCAGGGUUUACUCAGACCUGUGUGUGCAGACUGUGAGGAGAGCCAUGUCUCAUCUUGUGCACACGUUUCAAGCAGAACUGAAAACUCUGACAAACACAGAACUGACCAGAAUGAGACAGUACAAAGAGUCAGUCACCUUUAACGAGGCCACUGCUGGCGACGGCCUUGUGGUGACUGAACUUGGGAAACGUUUGAAAUACUCCAAAACUGCAAGCCCCUCUCUGUCUGAUGACUCAGAGAGGUUUGACUGUCCCAUGGUUUUAGGGACGAACGGCUUCACCUCUGGACGCCACUACUGGGAAGUCCAAGUUGGCCUUAGAAAUGACUGGGAUGUUGGUGUUGCCAAGGAAACAGUAACCAGAACAGGGAGGGUCACUCUGAAAAGAGAAGAUGGAGUCUUUGCCAUAGGAAAGAGGGGUUACGAUUAUAAGGUUAACUGCACACUCUACACUGUCCUCCACUUGUGUCCCAGGCCAAGAAAUAUAGGAGUUUAUGUGGACUACGAGGAAGGCAGAGUCUCUUUCUACAAUGUGAAUGAGAAGUUGCACAUUUACUCUUUCACAAGAGAGGUUUUCACAGAGAAACUGUUCCCGUACUUUUAUCUGUACAGCUGGGCAAAGAAAUCUGAGCCCCUGAUUAUAACUUAUGUACAAGAUGAAGCAUCUCUCUUUUCUCUCUUUCGCUCCCUCGAAAAAGCUAAACAAUAACUGAACAGUGUAAAAUUGCUGUGAGGUCAAAACUCACAAUUUCUCUGUGGAGGCCCACUAAGAUGAAACCUUUCGAUCAAUCAAAAUCUGAACAUCAUUAAAGGUUAAGGUAUGAUGUUGUCCACAUGUUCUGAAAGGGCCAAUUUAAAAAACGAAUAACUGAUUGUUUUAAAAUCAGUUCCUCUUCCUGUCUGUGUUACAUGGCACAAAUUCAGUUUACAUUGCAUGUAAUGGUGUUAAAUUCAAAACUGGGAACACUGGGUAUGGAAAGCAGAGAAUUACUUGUCUUUAACUGUUUUCUUUUUUGUAAUUUCAAACUGGAAAAGUAAUGUAGUUAGUUAUUGAUAAGUCUUGGAAGCAAUGUUGAGUGAUUGCUAAGUUAGUAACCUACUUUCCCAGGUUUUAGUGAACAAUCAAUUCAAAUUGAUCAUUUGCAUCCAGUAACUUUGGACCUGAAUUAAAAUCGAGUUCUCAGGUGAAGGUUUAAUCAACUACUGUAUAUCAAGUAAUUUUGCAAUGCUGUCAUGACAAAUUUGGAUGUUUCAGUGAAUGUUUCUUGAUGUU